CCCAGUAAAGGCUUCUCUCUCCCUCCAGUGAGGGUGGAACCUGUGGGUUAUUAUAUAGCAGAGCCUUCCUCAGGCCUUACACUGCACACAGAACACCAUGGCAAACAAUAAGGAGAAGGCAGACACCCAGAUGAACCAAUGGAAGGAGACUCGAGGGUCUCAGAAACCAAAUGUGCUGACCACAGGAGCGGGUCACCCCGUGGGAGAUAAGCUGAAUCUCUUGACCGUCGGCCCCCGGGGACCACUGUUAGUUCAAGAUGUGGUGUUCACUGACGAGAUGGCACACUUUGACAGAGAGAGGAUUCCAGAAAGAGUAGUCCAUGCCAAAGGAGCAGGUGCUUUUGGCUAUUUUGAGGUCACUCAUGACAUCACACAGUACUGCAAGGCCAAAGUGUUUGAGAAGGUUGGGAAGAGAACUCCAGUUGCAGCCCGAUUCUCCACUGUCGCGGGAGAAGCCGGAUCUCCUGACACAAUCAGGGACCCUAGAGGGUUUGCAGUGAAGAUGUACACAGAGGAUGGGAACUGGGACCUGACGGUUCCCGUCCUUUGUCCACUCUCAGAAGAGGAACCCCCAGACUCAUAUGAAGGACCCAAAUAUGGUGUGGGAUUUCUGGACCCUGCGCCCGGAGUCUCUCCACCAGACCGUGGCAUUCCAGACGGGCACCGGCACAUGAACGGCUAUGGCUCCCACACUUUCAAGCUGGUCAGCUGCAAGGAUGAAGCUGUAUACUGUAAAUUUCAUUUCAAGACUGACCAAGGGAUCCGGAACCUUACAGUGGAAAGAGCAGAGCAACUGGCUGCCAGCGACCCUGACUAUGGCAUUCGUGACCUGUAUGAGGCCAUUGCUGCUGGGAACUACCCCUCCUGGACUCUCUAUAUCCAAACCAUGACAUUCCAGCAAGCAGAGAAAUUCCCAUUCAAUCCAUUUGAUGUAACCAAAGUCUGGCCACAUGGAGAUUAUCCUCUCAUACCUGUGGGCAAAAUGGUGCUGAGCCGAAACCCAACAAACUACUUUGCUGAAGUGGAGCAGUUGGCCUUUGACCCAAGUAACAUGCCCCCUGGGAUUGAACCGAGCCCAGAUAAGAUGCUGCAGGGGAGACUGUUUUCCUAUCCUGACACCCACAGACAUCGCCUGGGAACAAAUUACCUCCAGCUGCCCAUCAACUGCCCCUACAAGGUGCGUGUGGCCAACUACCAGCGGGACGGGCCCAUGUGCUUCACUGAUAACCAGGGCGGAGCCCCUAAUUAUUAUCCCAACAGUUUCUCUGCACCAGAGCAGCAGCCUCAGUUUAAGGAGCACAAAUUCCGAGUUUCAGCGGAUGUUGACCGUUACAACAGCGCCGUCGAUGACAACGUCACCCAGGUGCGGGAUUUUUACCUGAAUGUGCUAAAUGAAGAAGAGCGCCAGCGGCUAUGUGAGAACCUUGCCGGGCACCUGAAGGAGUGCCAGCUUUUCAUUCAGAAGAGAGCUGUGAAAAAUUUCAGUGACGUCCACCUUGACUAUGGCUCCCGUAUUCAGGCUCUACUGGACAAGCACAAUGCCAAGUGUACAAAGAAGGAAUGUGCCAGACCCAAUACCCAGCAUUCAUCUUACCUGACCUCCAAAGAGAAGUCCAACCUGUAGCCUCUCGUUCUCAUCUUCUGCCCAGAUGCUUUUCACUUAGAAGAUUCUUCGUUGAUACUGUUGUUUUUUUUUCUACCGUUUCAUUUAACUUUUCGCAUGGGCUUGAAUCUCGUUGUGUCCUUUUCUGUUUCAUUACGAUUUAUUUCUGUUAAAGUCGCUCUGGGCAACUUCCCAGGGGCAAUUAAAGGCACAUUACUGACAAUG